AUGCCGAAGCCAAAAAUUAACCUCUACGCCGAGGCGUUGACACACAUUCGGCAAUUAACCCUCCACGCUUCUCUUCAGACGGACAAGAAUGAACAUACCAAAAUUCUCCUAUCUUCCGAUAAGAAAAUCAUCACUGCCCUUCACGAUGGUGAAUCCUCCAGCAUCUAUCUUCCCACUCAGAUUUCCGGCACGGCCAAUGUGACAUUCCCGCUGCAGAAGACAACAGAAAUCUCGACUCGGUUGCAAAUAGACGACGUUGAUCUGCUGAAGUCUUCAACUGACAAUCCCGGGGGGGUUGAAGUGCCUUGGUCAGCAGGGGACCUGACGGAAACAACGGCCAACCGAUGCAAAAAUUGUGACGCCGAUAUACUGGUUGCUGGGAAAGUCAUCACCUGGAAGGAUCUCCCCAGCGAUCAUUGGGCAGAAUUGGUGGACUUUUGGUUCUGCCACAAGCCACACGAAGGACACGUUCCUCAUGACCAGUCCAAGGGGUUUUCUGCCAUGAGUAACGUGAUUGCCAGCCCUGGUGUAGGUUUGGUGGAUACGGUUUCUUUUCUGCUGCACAGAGACGAUUGCGUUGGCCUUCGGGAGAUCAAACACCCCUCAAGAAAAGAGACGACCAUUCUUCAAUGCGCUACUUGCAAGGCUACCCUGGGUUCUUGUCAAGAAGGAGAGACAGGCUACAGACUGUACAAAUCGAGACUGAUAAUCAUUCCCGAACCGGGUCAAAGUCCAGAAAAAUUUUCGACAGCAAUUUUUCUCAGUGCUCAACUGUUGUCUCUCAUUGAAAGUUCUGUUAGUCGCAAAGUUGUUGUCCAUGACGGCACUGGCACCAAGUCUGAAACCCAACGACAAGGCCUUCUUCUCUGGAUCUUCAACCCUGACAUCUAUUACUCUAGCAGUAAACGGGGACCUACGGCUCAUCGGGCAAUGAAAGUCUUUUACAAGGCUUUAUCAGAUCCAGGCAAUUUCCUGGAUGCCAACAGCGACACAUACGAAGAGCUCCUUGUGCCAGAGGAAGACUUCGUAGAGUUUAGGCAAACUUUGCAAGAAAGCACAGAUAUCCUCCCACAGGCCGCUCGGACAUUCCAGGAUUGGGCCGUUGGCCUCCUCGAUCGCUGGGAAAGAAAUUCAACAGGAACUGCAAGAAUGGACGAAAAUCCACUGAACAAGAGAGUUGACUCAGGAUUUGAAUUGUUCAAGUUGCCCGCCGGCAUGCAGGAGCUAUACCUUUGA